UGGUGGCUGGGAUUUGUAAUAUUUGGAUUCGCCAGUAUAAUCCUAUCCGUCCCUAUUUUAGCUCUGCCCGCACGAAUGCCAGGAUGGGAAGAAGCAAUACAAUCGAAACUAUCAGAGUGUGUCAUAGGAAGAGAGAGGAAUGUGACGUACAGUAAACUGAAAGAGUUGCCUAAAGCUUUGAGUGAACUGAUGAGAAAUACAAGUUUGAUCCUGCUGAACUUUGCUGGCUGUUGCGAGGGCCUCAUAGUCGCCGGUUCUGGAGCUUUUGUUCCAAAAAUUAUUCAAAGCCAAUUCAACUUAUCAUCUAAAUCAACUGCUAUGAUUAUGGGUAUCAUUACAGUACCAAGUGCCAUUCUCGGAUGUAUGGUUGGAGGUGGGAUACUGAAGAAGUUUGACCUGAGGUUCAUCGGAACACUGAGGCUGUGUAUUGGUACUUGUAGUUUGUCGAUGCUGUGCGCCUUUUGUUUUCUCAUCUACUGCGCGGACGAAAAGAUGGUCGGAGUCAAUAUGCCCUACUACGCUGAUAGGAAAGUGAUACAGCUAUCAGACCCCUGUAAUGAGAAAUGUGGAUGCUCGGGGAAGGAGUUCAUGCCAAUCUGUGGGAUCAACAAUUUCACAUACUUCUCACCUUGUCAUGCUGGCUGCCACGGCUCCCAGACUGCAGGAGACAUUACUCUCUACUCUAACUGCAGCUGUAUAGAGGAGGCUGGUGACAAUGGUGUACAGGCUACUACACAGGUGUGCAAGUCUACUUGUCCUUUGUUGCCGCUAUUCCUCAUCCUCAUGUAUCUCUCUCUGUUCUUCACCUUCACUGCUGCCAUGCCUGCGCUCACCGCCACAUUGAGAUGUGUCAAAUCGGACCAGAGGUCCCUAGCGCUAGGGAUUCAGUGGAUGCUGGUGCGGAUGCUGGGUAUGAUCCCGGGACCUCUACUGUUUGGGAUCAUCAUCGACGGCACCUGUCUGUACUGGCACGCAGGAGCUUGCAGUGAGGGAGAGGGCUCCUGCAUCCUCUACGACCACUACUUGAUCAGCAGAUCCAUGGUUUUGAUGGGCUGCGGAUGGAAGAGCUUGGAAAUAAUUUUGUUUGCCCUUUCAAUAUAUUUUUAUAAGAAAGAUAUUCAGACUUCAACCUCUAGAAGUUGAUUUAAUCAUCAUUCAGUUUGUACAUAGAAUGUUUCU